AGGAACAGAUGACUUAAACCGUUUAUGAGAAACAGACAUAAUCAUCAUAAUUCCUUUGCAUCCCUCGACUUUCUCGUGUGACAUUACCUGUGCAGCUUUUACUUGAUAAUUGAUUGGACAUUUUCUACCCAAGGAGCGUUCACCGAGGUAUUUUCUUCUCAGUAAAAUAUUGUUUAGCAGUAUAUAUAGUAUCUACCGUUAGCUACCAGCAUCGACCCCGAAGCCUUUCAGCAACAUUUCCCAUCACUGGCAACCAGCAAUGCAGACGACAUGACGCUAAAGCGGACAGCCUCGUCCCCCUGUCAGUGAACGUGCACGUUUAUCUCCUCUGUCUCGAUCGUUUAUCUUGACGAAAUGAAUUUCUUGCGUAAUCGUCUUGUCGUCCUGGGCCUGGUGUUGUUGGCCACGUUACUGCUGUACCUGCUGCUGCCAUCCAUUCGCCAGGGCAGCAUGGAGCCGUCCCUAGAAGCUCAAGGAAUGGGGCUGAUGGCCACCCCUCCUCCAAUUCAAGCCAUCAAUGUGUCCAUUCGCACCGGACAGCUACCCGGGGACCCUCCGCUGUUCUUCAGAGAAGCUUUACCUGUUGAUGGAUCUGGACGACAGAUAUUGCCAAGGCUGCAAGUGGUCCUCCUGCAUGGCCAGGCCUUCACAUCCAAGACCUGGGAGGAGCUCGGUACGAUGGCCCUACUGGCAACUAAUGGAUACCAGGCCUUAGCGAUGGACCUUCCAGGUUAUGGAAAAUCCCCUGACUCUGAGGCUUUAAAGACAGAUCAGAAUCGAGUGGACCUCCUUUCAAGAUUCAUGGAGUCUUUGGGUGUCAGGACAGCUGUGCUUCUGAGCCCCUCCAUGAGUGGACAUUACUCCAUCCCCUUCCUCAUGAAGAACAGCGCUCAGUUACAGGGCUUCGUACCAAUAGCACCAGUCGGUACACGAAGUUACACUCCACAGCAGUAUCAAAAUAUUCAGAUUCCCACUCUAAUUGUGUUUGGAGCCCUUGACACAAAUCUGGGUGCCCAGUCCCACAAGAACCUCAUACAACUUCCACAUCACUCAGUGCUUAAGCUGGAAGGAGCUCGCCAUGCCUGCUACAUGGACAAACCCAGAGAAUUUCACCAAGGGUUGAUCGACUUCCUCAGCAAACUGAAAUGAGAUGUGUGGUGGAGGAAGAGGAGGUAGAAAGAUGGAAACAAAAUAAAGAAGAGAAAACAGUCAAAUGAACACUGGUCCCCUAUCAAUGGUUUAGUGUGGUGACAAUUUUGCUAAAAAGGUUCUAAGAGCAACAUCAUUCUCAUAUUAUCAUCACCUGAAGCAAGAACAUUGGCAUGGGAGUAGGCUUUAAUACAUGGAAAUGGCCUGUAAAACCUUGUAGUGACAUCUAACAACACAGUAGUUCAGAUGUUUCCAUCAUAAAAGUAUUUUUUUUUGUGUUACCCCAAAAUACUACUUCAGCUCAGCUUGUUGUUAAAAUAGCUUCAUAUUUGUAUAGUGGUGAGUUUUGUUUCAUGUGUUUCAUGUCUCUCUUUGCAUGUCGAAACAUGGAAAGUGUUUGCUUCACUGUUACCAUUUUUGUAGGUGACAUGUAGGUCGCUAUAAAUAUGCAAAUGUAGCAGAUGCCUGUGUUUUAAUAGCUUCCAUUAGCUUCACAUUUGACAAAAAUAUUUGUAUAUUAAGAUCUGGAAACCUUUCCAGCUUCCGAGAAAACAUGCUAGACAAAAAGAAACAGAAGUGAUACACACUGUAAUAAAAAAGUAGAAAAGAUUUUUAAAAACGGCUCACAUUUAUUUAUAUAAUGAUGAUAAAGUUAUAUGUAAUAUAUUUGCAAUAAGUUUGGACAAUCAUGCAAAAAACAAAAGACGUGCAUAUAAAAUAA